AUGGAAGGCAAACCAGUGCUGUCCCCCAGGUUCCCGCGGUUUGCGCCUCCUCGACCAGGCCUCUGCCGAUCCAACUCGCGCUCUCCAACUCGACCAUCCAAACUCGCAGACGACAUCCUCUCGGAUCUCUCGCCGGCGACCACCCUUGAAGCCUUCACCAAUCCCUCUGGAAAGCUGAAAGCCAGUAUCGAGGCGGCGACGCCCAGCGAGAGAGCUUUUGGAUUACGGGCUACACUUGCCUCAAAUAAGAUACAGGAAUGGGUAGAAGAGCUGUCAGGUUGGCCAUGGCCGGCGGAGGGAGGAUCUGCCGGCUUCGAAAUGCCCGUUACGGAGAGGAGGCGACCGUCCACACCAGACGGAGACCAGGAGGCGCGGCGCAACAGCAAUCAUGGGAGCGAACACAACCAGGAACCAAAAUACAUCGGAAGUCUUCUCUCAACCGAAGUGGAGCGCUACGAGAACCGAAUCGACGACAUCGCCAUGGACAUGGAGGAUCUGGAUGUCGAGGCCAUCAAGCGUCGGGUCCUGGAUACGCAUUUCUCGCCGAGAUCCCGCCCCUCGUCUUCGGGCUCGAAUGCGUCUCCUAUGUCUUCUCUUUUCGCCUCGUACAUCCGCAUGGAUGAUUUCACCGCGGUUAUUACGGCGACGGUGCUACAGUCUCUGCCGAUUCUGAGCAAGCUGACGCGCUUGAUGGAGAACUGGAAUGUACGUUUGACUGUCCUCCGGCACAUACCACCACUGGUCUGGGCACUGGACGAUGCUGAGGUGGCACUGAAGAGUGGUUGGGCGACCAUUGGGACACCGGAACAGAGUCCCGCUGGAAAGGAACAACAGCCGCACCUUUCAUACCUCACCCGGGAGACCUUUGAAAUUAUGCGAGGUGUUCUGCAGGAGAAAGUCACACGGUUGGGCCAGGACCUGGACUUCUUGCUGGAUACCCUGGAGGGGCGGCAAGACACACUGCCUGAGGCUUGGUUGGAUAGAAUGGAGACCCUCGAGAAUGAUUACGGACUAUGGGUCGUUUCUGGGGAUCGCAAGGUCAGGGAGGGAGAAUGGGCUAGGAUGGCCAAGGCUAGGCAAGAGGAGGAAGAUGCCAGGAAAUUGAGGGAAGCCGAAGCUGCAGAGACGGCGAGGAGGAAUGCCGAGGAAGAAGCGGAGGAGGCUGCACGGAAGAGAGCAGAAAAGGGUGCCGAAGAGGCGGAGAUUGCCAGAUUGAAAGCUGAGUGUGAGGCGGAGGAAGCUGCUCGCCUGCAAGCCUCAAAAUUAGCUCAAGAGGCCGAAGCAGCGCGACACGAAGCCGAGCAAGAGGUCCGAGAAGCGGCGCAGCAGCGAGCGUUGAGAGGUGCCGAAGCUGCCAAGAUCAUAGCAGAGGACGAAGCCCGAGAAAGUGCCAGGAUACAAGCUCUGAAGAGCCGAGACGAAGCUGCUCAGUCGAGGGCGGACGAGGAGACUCUGGAGGCUGCUAAACAGAAAGCUGUGCCAGUUGCCCAAGGGGCGGAACGUGCUCAACUUCUUGGCGAACGAGAGUCCGACGAAGCCGCCGAGCGAAAAGCCCAUGCUAUGGAACAAAGCAAAAUUCAGGCACAGCAAGACUUUGCAGACGCUGUAAGUCACAAGCUCAAGAAUGAUGCUGAAUCGGCUGAAGCACAGCGGAAGGAAUUGUCUGAAGCUACCCGGCAAAGGGGCUUGCUCCUUGCUGAAGCUCUUCUUGUUUCCAAGCGGAAGGCGGACCAAGAGAGGACAGCACAGAAAAUGGCCCAGCUGCGUACCGACAUGCUCACUGUUGAUACCACUGGUGCCGAAGAUACGGACCAACGGCAGGCCGCCGCCCAAAAGACUCGUGAUGAAAGAUCAUCUGAGUUUAUUCCCACUACCAUCAGUAGUGCAGGUGCUGGAUCUCCCCAACAUCCAGACAUAGAUUGCGAUAUAUGCGUCGAGUUACAGCAGGGCGAGACUCCAUCCCCAUUGCAAGCACCUGCUUCGGUGACGGGUUCUGCUGUGAGCUCUCCUAGCAUUCAAACUCAAGAUUCCGUGUGCUCCCUCGCCGCCUGUGAUAUGGAUGGAGCUGCAAAGCCCCGAAUCUCACAAUAUGCCCCGUUUGAUGGCGGAUACGAGGAAUCCGACCCAGCCAUCCACGAAACGCAGGUUGAGAUCUUCAGCAAUGACAUGAUCACUUCUCCGGGCUUAGCAUCGCCAGUAAAUCUUGACGACUCAUUCCCUCAGACGCCGACCUCAAUGCUAUCAACUUCAGCAGAGGUCUUCACUUCACCAACUUCCGAGUCCUCAAUACCAUCUCCCAAUGCGAAAGUCUCUCGUUUCGAAAAUGCGUUUCCGAGCUACACUCGAGGAACGUCUCACGAGAAGAAAAUAUCUGAUGCCAAUUCGACAACCUCAAUCGGUGCUUCUGGGACUCCAGUCAGAUCACCGGUUUUCACCGACGGUGCCAAUGAUCAAUCUGACUCUGGCGAAUCUGCGAUACAGACAGCGACGAACCACGGAGAUAUUGCGGUGGAGUCUCCCACCUACGAAAUUCUCCACAGUGCAGAUGCUCAAGGCCCACAAUCAGAUCGAGCACGUUCUUCUUCGAGUACAUCCGCCGAUAUUAUCUCUUCUUCUCCAGAGCUGACGACCGAGCUACGCGGGGCGCAAUAUCCAGAGGACUUUCCCUCUCCUGCAUCUUUCGCUGGAAGCCCUGAUGCUUCGGCCCACGACUCCGCCCCUACCACAGCUUCCAUGUUUUUACCCUCCAUCCCAACCACGUCGAAUCCGCCCGGAACAGACAUCAGGACCCCGCCAAAGUCUCGGGCGUCAUUCGAGCAGAGUUUGUCUUGGGACGAUUCAUGCAUCUCCGUUCUGUCGCCCGUUGCUGAGGAAAAGAUGCCUGCCUGUACCGAGCUGCAGAAUGUAGACGGCCCCUGUGAGCCAUGCGAGCUCGCAAUCCGCGAGCUGACGCCAAAUGAGGAUAAUCAUCUCAAUGAUAUACCAAUCUUAGGACGCAUGAUACCCACCCCUCGAACUGAUAGCUCGGCGGAAGAUGGAUCGGUAUCUUCACCAAAGGGUGUGGCCAAAGUCACUUUCUAUGGCACUGCAGGUCCGGGGUACUCCAUCUCGGUUCCUCUCGAUGGAACCUCGACUCAGACUAAUGAUGCACUUCCCAUAACGUACGUUUCAUGCGAAACAGUCAAUCUGAAGGAGGAAUGCAUUCUCGACACUGUGGAAAACCCGCCGGCGCUCGUUGCACUGUCUCCUGGCAUGUGGAUGGUGGUUCCGCCCCAGACUGUGACCUCCAUAUCCCUCACAGGCGGAUCGCCUGUCAAGCCAGCAUCGAAUGGUAGCCCGGGCACGGGGCUGUCACGGCGUGAAAGUCUCUCUUCGGAUGCUUCCACGGUCAUCAACGGUCGUGUUAGCGAAUCUCCAUGUUCGCCCAUUAUUUCCCCCAUAUCGGAGGAUGUAUCAGAGCUAUUCGAGGAUAACGAGCCAUCACCGUCAGCUGGUCGUAAAGGGCAGCGCGCUGGGAAUUUCUACGACAUGAGCCCAUCGGGCUCUCCGCCGGGAAAGCUUCAGCGGCCACCGCUAAAUUUUCCCAAACGGGCUCCAGCUACGCCUUCAUCAAGCACAGCUCCCGCGACACCGCUCGCGACCUUUGCAACACCUCUAGAAGCGCCCUUCUUCGAUAACAUUGACCUAUCCACGACUCCAAUGAUGAAUAGUCCCAAAAAGGCCAACAGCGACGAACAAAUGCAGCAACAGAUCAGCUCACUCUUAGAGUCCAUCCCAGCGCGCAUCCGAUUAAGCACUGAAGUCGAGAGCACACCAGUUGUACCUCAGACUGUUCGUACCAAGAGGUCUCAGCGCUCCUUGACGCCGUCCUUUCGCCCCAGCUCAAGCAUGAGCAACUGCAGCACCUCUCGCGCCCCAACCCCCUCCUUCACACUAGCCCCAGCAUACGGCAAACCGGGCUCCCGGCACCGCCCGCAGAGUAACAAUCCCGAAAUCAAACUCUACCAUCUGUCACGCUCUACAAGCGAGGCGCCCAUCAAGCUCUUCGUGCGCCUAGUCGGUGAGCAUGGCGAGCGGGUGAUGGUCCGUGUCGGCGGUGGUUGGGCCGAUCUCGGCGAGUAUCUCAAGGAGUACGCCAGUCACCACGGGCGUAGAUCAACAGUUGAAGUCAGCGAUAAAGUCGAGAUUCAGGAUUUGCCGGCCCGGAAUGUAUCCUCGUCCUCGAUAGCCACCAUCCGUAACGGCCGAGCGAGUCCGGUGCCGUCGCGUCCGCAGAGCGUGCUGGAGCGCGAGAGAUCGGCUAGUGCCUCUGGUUUGCGCGUUCGUAAGACGAGACGGUCGGUUGGUGAAUUCUCUUCGUCGUCAGAUUCGGUGGGCCCGGCUCGCAUCUCGGGCGCCCGCUGCCCAUCCACACCCAUCCCGUCUACAUCUCGCGCACAAUCUCAGCAUCACGAUAGUCCUCCUUCGGCAGCCUCAAGCGUGGAUACUGGCCGUAGCUCCCGGCUGAGUUGGACGGACGAAGACUUCAGCCUAGGGCUCGCGGGUCCGAAGAGUAAGAGGGUUGUCAUCAGCGAGAGGGAUCAGGAAUGGGUAGACAGCAUGAAGGAGAAAGUCAAGAUGGCGAGCGCGGAAAAGGAGAAAAGAGAGCGGGGUAGCACGACGAAAGCUGGGAACGCGAAGGUGGAGGGAAAGGAGAGUUUUGGAGAGAUGGAGAAGAUUCGGGGGACGAAGAGGUUGUUUAUGAAGAGUGGAAAUUGA